AUGUUGAGACAAGUGAGGUCGAACGUUCCCCUCAAAGUUCUUAAUGGUAAUCGUCUCGGUUGCCACCAAUUGAGGUUUCAAUCGUCUUUGAUGGUAAUGAAACCUGGUGAGGUCAAUUCGGUUAGACAAGAGGAAGCUUCUCUCGCAGGAAAACUGAAUGACAAAAACACCACUUCCAAGCUGGGGCUUGUAGAGCCUGUCGAAAUUGAAGAACAAAUGUUCAGUGUUUUUCCCGGUAUUGAAGAUGUUCAUCCCGAUCAGCUUGUAGGGUCAGGGAACUUCGGCAUCAAAAAUUACUUUGUAGAGCGUUCGGCUACCGGGAAUCUACCAGUUUACAGCGAUUUUAAGAGAAACGGGAAAGUUUUCACCGAAAUUCGGAAGGUGUAUGGAGACCCAGUUCAGCUGAGAAACGAUCUGCAAGAAAACCUGAAGAACAUACCCCAAAAGGCGAUUAAAGUAAUAAUGCAGUCGAGGAAGGUCGUGAUAGAAGGAAAUGCUGUAAAAGAGGUUAAACAACUUUUAUCGCAAACUUUCUAA